AUGUAUCGCGACUACCUGCCGGGCCUCAUCAUCGGCGCCUUCCUCGCCUUCUUCGGGCGGCUCCGGGCCCUGCACGACCACGCGCUCGCGAACGUGGAGGACCACCACGACUCGUCGUCGCGGAGCGCCGUCGCCGAGUCGCUGCGGCUCCACGCGGCGCAGCGGGUCGUCGCGACGCUGGACCCGGACCUGCCCUUCUUCGAGGCCUGCGCGCCGUCGCAGACGUGCGCGCGGAACCUGCACGAGCCCGCGCGCGACCGGCUUUUGGCGGACCCGCGCGACGGCGUCGCGGACCCGCUGCCGGAGUCGUGGCCCCGGGCCGCCUACGACCGCGCCGCCGCGCUGGACGCCGUGCGGUCGGGCGCCUGCGCGCCGAGCGCCGCCGUGCCGCGGGGCCUCGCGCGGCCGGGGACGCGGGACGACGCGCCGUGCGCGUACGUCUGGACGGCCGAGGGCCGCCGCCGGCCGGCGGCGCCGGCGCCGGCGCCGCCGGCCGCGGGCCCCUUCGCCGAGCGCCUGCGCGACACCGUCGGCGCGGCGCUCGGCGCCGGCGCGUCGGCGCGCGUCUACUGGACCGUCGCCGACGCGAGCCGCGCGGCGGCCGUCGCCGAGUUCUUCCAGGCCUACGCGCGAUUGGUCGCGCCGAACGAGGCGCCGGGCGUCGCCGCGGCGGCCGUCGCCGUGACCGUCGGCGUGGACGCGGCGAGCGCGCCGGGCCGCGUCGUCGUCGCCUGGCGGCCCGAGGGCGCCGCGGCCGCGGAGCUCUGCGAGCGGCGCGGCCGCUUCGGCGCGGCGUUCGCCGCGGACCGCGCGUUCGCGCGCGACGUCGCGCUGGCGACGGGCGGCGUCGACACGCAGCCGCCGGGCGACCGGGGCGUCCCGCCGGCGGGCCGCCGCGCCGAGCGGACGCAGCUCGGCGUCCAGGGCACGGGCGGCAUCGACUACCAGGGCUUCGUGCCGCCGCGCCUCGCGAAGCUCCAGACGGAGGCCGUCCAGGCCGAGCGCCGGGGGUCGGGCGACGCGCGCGUCAAGUUCGCCGCGCGGUCCGCGGGCGCCGGCGCCUGCCGCCACGCGGCGGCCUGGGCGACGGUCGCGGCGUUCCUAUCCGCGCCCGCGGCGGACCCGUGGCGCGCCGCGGCGUUCCUCAAGGUCGACGCCGCCGCCUUCUUCGCCGCGCCGCCCCAGGGCCUCUUCGACGCGGCGCGCGGCGUCGACGGCCUCGUCGUCGCCGCGCGGUCGGGCGUCGACCCGCGGGGCGAGGCGCAGCGGAAGAUCCGGCCCGAGCGCAUCGGCGGCGCGGCGACGGCCUGCGUCGUCGCCUGCGAGCGCGGCGCGGCGGCGGCGGCGCGGGCCGCCGACGCGCUCGCGGCCGCGGCGGCGCGGCUCCUGCGCGACGUCGCCGUCGUCGCGGCCGCGGGCGACGACUGGCGGCCGGAGCUCAACCACUCCGCGCGCGUCGCCGCGCUCGCCGCGGCCGCGGACGAGGACUCGUUAUUGCGGUGCCUCGUCGCCGAAGGCGCGCGCGACGCCGACGCGCGGCGGCGCCGGGGCUGCGGCGACGGCGACCUCGCCGCGGCCGCGGCGCGCGCGGCGCUCGGCGCUUCGCCGCCGCGCGACGCCGUCCGCCUCCUCGACGCGGAGACGGUCGUGAGCCACGAGCACCCGGCCAUCCUGAGCGGCUCCACGGUCGUCCACGUCCGCGGCGGCGACGACGACCUCGACGCGGCGGACGACGUCAAGGCCGGCGGCCGCGGCGGCGGCUCCGCGACGACGCCCUACGCGUCCAUCGCGCGCGUCGCCAAGGAGCUCCAGCUCUGGGAGGGCGCCGACGACGGCUUCGGCGACGCCUACUACGCCGUCGGGCGCCACCGGCGCUACGUCGCCGUCGAGGACAGCCUCUUCGCGACGCGGCCGCCGGCGCGGGAAACGGGGCGCCCGACUUCGAAGGCUCGGCCGGUUUCCGCUCGUUUCGGCCGAUGGCUGCCGCCGGACUUCCACGCGGGCGAGAAGCUCGCGCUCGUCGCGUUCAACCUGGCGCUCGCGGCGUACUUCACGGGCCGCGUCGCCGUGCUGCCCGCGGGGCUCCACUUCGAGAAGUUCUACUAUUUGUGGGAAUUCGUCGACGUCGAGGCGUUCUUCGGGCCCCUGGGCGUCCAGUUCCGCGAGUCGAAUUUCUUGAACCACCCGCGGCUCCAGGUCCGCGGCGCGGCGUCCAUGGGCCGCGUGACCGUGCUCGGCGACGGGCGCGUCGCCGCGGCGGCCGUCGAGGACGUGGGCCGCGACUACGACGCGCGCGCGGCGCUGGGCGCCAGGUACUACGCCGCUACUGACCUCGGGCGGCGGCUCCCGUAUCUGGUCGCGAACGAGGACCCGCGCGUCCGGGACGCGGACGUGCUCUACCUGGACAUGGACGCGACGAUGACGAACGCGCUAGUCUUCCCCGAGCGCCUCUGCUUCGUCAAGGGGCCCCAGAGCCGGAGCGGCCACGGCUGCCUCCGCGACGGCAAGGUCGAGGACUGGCUCGGCCUCUUCUACGACCUCGGCGCGUGGUGCUCCUUCGAGACGAAGACGCUCCGGGGCCUGAAUCUGAUCACGGCGUCCGACGACUGCGCCGCGAAGCGCGCCGAGGACGCGCGGCGGGGCCGGCUCGACCGCAUCGCGCCCGUCGCGAACCGGACGAGGCCGGGCAAGUUCAUCGCGCGCGGCGGCGAGGCCGCCAUCGCCCGGAAGAUGCAGGACCAGAAGUACGCGGCGCUGCGCGCGGAGCGGGGCGGGCUGCGGGCGGAGCCCAACGAGUUCGGGUGA